AUGUCUGAUGUCAAACUUUCUAAUUUAGAGGUUAGAUUUACAACCGACUUUGCAACAACAGCUUUUGCCCGUCUCAAUUUAAACGACACAUACACGAAAUACCCGGUGUUUGUUGAUAUUUUCGCCGGGAAAAGACUAUUCGCCACAAUGAACGAUGUUUCUGAAAAGCUCAAUGAUACUGCCCACUUUUUCUUCUCGCCUGCACUGAUUAACAUCUAUGAUCUGGAAGAAUUCGAUUUGGAAGACAUGCUGCACUAUCUGGCAUACUCUGGCAGUGCCGUUGGUUUUAUGGAUCUUCUAGAUAGCUCUACAAAAGUUGUUAGAGAUUUGAUUUUGAGGUUUAUCGCAUCCCAUGAACCGAUCUUGCAGCAAUGGAUCUAUUUUGCAAGCAAAUUUAAAAAGUCAUCGUCAUUGAGGCUAUUGAAGCUUAUAAAGUCGCAGCUUAAAGAUAGCACCAAGUCCAAUUUAAAAAAUGUUUCUAUAAAAGCCAAAAUUUGUGCAAGAAAGCUAUUUCUCAUCAGGGUAUGUGCAAAGGAUCCCAAAAAACCUUUGGGUCUGGAUCAGUUUGAUUUGAACUUGCUUCCAAAAAACAUCAGAGCUGCGUUUCUUCACCAAAAGACACAGCAACCUGUUGUGCUGACCAAUGAGCUUUCAUCCAGGGCAUUCCAAUCCGGAAUAUUCUUUAACCAAAGCAUAGCCCUAUUUGACACAUUUGCCACUGAAAAGGUUGAUUGGAAAUGCCAUUUUUAUGCUGAUGGGAAAUUCCCAGGCUCCGCUGUUGCAUUCAUGGGCGAAAAGGUUGUACCCAUGGCAAAUCCCAAUAAAGUCCCUCACUAG